CUCGUGGCUAAUAAUAAUAAUAAUAACAAUAAUUUAUUAUUUGUACCCCGCCCAUCUGGCUGGGUUUCCCCAGUCACUCUGGGCGGCUUCCAACAAAGACCAAAAAUACACUAAAAUGUCAUGCAUUAAAAACUUCCCUGAACAGGACUGCCUUCAGAUGUCUUCUGAAUUUCAGGUAGUUGUUUAUCUCUUUGAUAUCUGAUGGGAGGGCGUUCUACAGGGCGGGCGCCACUACCAAGGAGGCCCUCUGCCUGGUUCCCUGUAACCUCACUUCUCGCAGUGAGGGAAUCACCAGAAGGCCCUCGGCGCUGGACCUCAGUGUCUGGGUAGAACAAUGGGGGUGGAGAUGCUCCUUCAGAUAUACUGGACCGAGGCCGUUUAGGGCUUUAAAGGUCAGCACCAACACUUUGAAUUGUGCUCGGAAACAUACUGGGAGCCAAUGUAGGUCUUUCAGGACCUGUGUAAUAUGGUCUCGGCAGCCGCUCCCAGUCACCAGUCUAGUUGCCGCAUUCUGGAUUAGUUGUAGUUUCCAGGUCACCUUCAAAGGUAGCCCCACAUAGAGCGCAUUGCAGUAGUCCAAGUGGAAGAUAACCAGAGCAUGGACCACUCUGGCAUCGCAUGGAAUCGCCGUUUACCUUCCUGCUGGAGCGGUACCUAUUUAUCUACUUGCACUUUGACGUGCUUUCGAACUGCUAGGUUGGCAGGAGCUGGGACCGAGCAACGGGAGCUCACCCCGUCGUGGGGAUUCGAACCGCCAACCUUCAGAUCGGCAAGUCCUAAGCUCUGUGGUUUAACCCACAGCGCCACCUGCAUCCCCUGGGGGCAAGUAGCGCAAGUGGAAAUCCUUGCACAAACGAGACAACUCUGUUGGAUGUAGCACUAGGCACUGGCUUUGAUCAAUAGAGAAAACAGCUACAACUUCCAUUAUGCAUUGUUUUCUGCGAGCAUUGGCGUUGGCAGAGAACGGGUUUUAGAAAAACUUUUCAUUUUUGCAUUCUCCACUAGGAAAGGCCCAUUUGGGCUUAGAUGGUUAGCAAGACAAAACAUCCUUGCUUGCCCCCACCCUACCCCCGCCCCAGAAGUAACUUACUGCACCUAUCAGACACCAUUCUUAUAAAUUAUGCUUAAGACAAACGGCAACUCAAUUAAGGACCUCAUUAUUUGCCUUGGGCCCAGAACUCAUAAAUAAAUCCUCUUUAUUUGCAUGAUCAUUAUAUAAAAUGGGGGGGCACUGACCCGUCAUCACUCAGGAGUGGUUGCAAGUUUAUGAGGAUAUCAUUGCAAUUCAUUUCCAGGGAUAAUUUGUUUCUCUGCCAUUGAUUAUACGAUCCUGUUAUCUCGGUUUAUAGAAUGGGGAGACACUUCUCGGUUUGCUGAUGCGUUCCAAAACAGAAAUCUAUACCCUUGCUUUAGCAGGUAUUUGUCCUCAUUUGCACCACAGAAUCUAUCUAUGCACUGCCUUAAGGUGUCUUGGUAAAGGUUUAACUACCUUCCCCUUGUCUCUUUUUGCCCUCACAUUCCAACAUGACCUUUGCUCAUGACCUUUGCUCCUCCAAUGCUACCAAUCCGGAAUAUCUCCUGUUUCCUUAAACUACUAGCUAAGUGGUGGCUAAUGGGCAGCACAGUUUCAGUCAAAGGUCUUUCCCAUCUCCUGCUAGCUAGUCCUUUUAGCUAGCAAACAGAAGAACGUAAGUCCACACCAUACAUUUAAAGCACAUUUAAAGCAAAUGAUUUCUCCGAAAGGAUCCUGGGAACUAGAAUCGACCCCUUGCAGAACUACAGUUCCUUGCACCCUUAAACUACAGUUCCCAGGAUUUGGGAGGGGAGGGAGCUGUGUGCUUUGAAUGCAUUGUAUGGAAGUCACUUUAGCCUAACUGCCAAGAAGGAAGGGUGAAUUUUCAGGCAGGUGGGAACUGGAAGAAGGGAAAGAUUAACCCUCUCCUCUCCACAUACUGAUCCCCACCACACCCAAGUGUGGUAUGUUAUGAAGUGUAGAUAAUGUGUGUGCAGAUUAAAUGAAUGAAGUUCUUUCUUUUCUUUUCUUUUCUUUUCUUUUUUUCUUUUCUUUUCUUUUCUUUUGCAAGAGCACCACUUGGCUGACAAGAGUCAUCCUUCCUGUUUAGCAACCAGCUAUCAAAUGACUUCUCUGUGUAACAUAACACACCACAAUUUCAUUCGGAAGCCAGGAAACUUCUCCGCUACGGCAAGAUUAGGAAAGACCUGGUGAAAAUGCCACAAAAGCAAUCCCUGGAGAAUGAUUAACGGGCCUCUGAGUUGCUUGAGUGGUGUUGUUUGUGUGCGCAUGUAGAAAACUUCAAGAUCCUUUUCUAAAAGAAAAAGAAACAGCCCCUUACUGAACCUACAGGUGCACGUGCUACCUUUAAGUAAGCCCUGGGUGUCAGGAAGGUGGAGCUCCAGGCACAGGUAUCAAUGCAAUUUGAGCUUCCUGGAAAGAUCUGCCUUCGUGAAAGCCUUUCCCAUCAGAGCCUGCCAAUGGUCCUGAAUGGGACUUGCAAAGCCUCUGAAACUAAUGACACCUUUGGAAAACCACCGGAGAAAUAAAACACCACUUAAGGGUAAUGAUUAAGGCAGGUGUCCAAAGGACAUCUGUGCAAACGCAAUACUUGCCUGUGAGAAGCGGGUAGUUUAGAAUGUAAUCCAGCUCAUUAAGUUUAUUUCGGGCUUCAGAGCCAUUUUCCUGUUCACCUAUGGCAAGCAAAAGUCUUUCUCUAGGCGACUAGGUAAUGAUGCAGUUUUUAAAAUAGAUUUUGAUACAAUCUGAGCACUGAUGAGUUGCUUGUUUUUGUUUUUAGAAUACUGCAGAUGUGCUGCACCGGACGGAAACAAGUAUAGGGAGGCAGCUGGGCCAGUAAACUUUGAGAGAGGGUGGUUAGGAGCCAUUGCACACUUAUUUACAAGAUUGGCUGUGCCACACCUUGUGGCUGUCAUUUUGUGACAUGCCUUGCCGCUAGAGCAGCCAUUUCAUGCCUGAUGCCCAUGGCAUUUCCUCAAAAUUCCAAAUGUGCUCAUGGGCCCAGACACAUUGAAACAUUCGCCUCCUGAUUUUCCUAAGGCUCCACCUCCUUACUCCAUUCAUAUACAGUGGUACCUCAGGUUACAUACGCUUCAGGUUACAUACGCUUCAGGUUACAGACUCCACUAACCCAGAAAUAGUGCUUCAGGUUAAGAACUUUGCUUCAGGUUGAGAACAGAAAUCGUGCUCCGGCGGCGUGGCAGCAGCAGGAGGCCCCAUUAGCUAAAGUGGCACUUCAGGUUAAGAACAGUUUCAGGUUAAGUACGGACCUCCGGAACGAAUUAAGUACUUAACCCGAGGUACCACUGUACCAGUUGGCAACUGCAUAUGCUGUUACCGAAGAAAGCUUAAUGUGAUAAGUCUACAAGGUCAUUUCUAAGUUAGAAACCCAUGAGAAACCUCAUUUGUGAACAAAAUGUGUGUGCCUAAACGGCCUCGGUCCUGUAUACCUGAAGGAGCAUCUCCACCCCAAUCAUUCAGCCUGGACACUGAGAUCCAGCUCCGAGGGCCUUCUGGCGGUUCCCUCAUUGUGAGAAGUGAGGUUACAGUGAACCAGGCAGAGGGCCUUCUUGGUAGUGGCACCCGCCCUGUGGAACGCCCUCCCUUCAGAUGCCAAGGAAAUAAACAACUAUCUGACUUUUAGAAGACAUCUGAAGGCAGUCCUGUUUAGGGAAGUUUUUAAUAUUUAAUGCUGUAUUGUUUUUAACACUCGAUUUGGAGCCGCCCAGAGUGGCUGGGGAAACUCAGCGAGAUGGGCGGGGUAUAAAUAAAAAAUUAUUAUUAUUAUUAUUAUUACAUUAUUUUUUAGCACAGAAAGAAGGGCCGUGCACGUGUUUAUUGGGGGUGGGGUUAGGCUUAAUAAACUCUGGCGCAAUGAAUUAGCCAGAAGUUUGAUGGUUUGAGCCCACCCAGGGACAGCUGUGGGCAGAAUUCCUGUAUUGCAGGGGGUUGGACUAGAUGACCCUCAGGUCCCUCCCAAUUCUACGAUUCAAUGCAGUCGGAGCUACAUUAUUAAAAACCCAGUUUGACCCGUUUGAUAUUAUUCAUUACGUUUAUUCAUGCUUUCAUUAUAGACUACAAACUGGAUGGUAGAGAAAAAACUGAACAGGAAGCACCUGGUUUCAUUUCUGCCCCGCCAAGUUGGGCGCACGCCCGUGACCACACGGAGAUCAUGGCCGCAGAAAACUUUGCUGAAUUCUUGAACAAACUGAAGGAAUUGCAUGAGAAGGAAGUCCAAGGUAAGAGAGGCAUUUUAAAAGAAGAUUUUUUUUAAAAAAAGGGUCAGUGCUUAAUUCAGGAAGAGAAACAUGGUCAGCAGAACUUCUGGUUAGGUAAAUACAGCAAGGGUGGGGAACUUCAGAUACAGGGGCCAAAUUUAGCCCUUCAUGCAUGUUACAAAUAUUAAGCCUGAAUGUACCCUUUCGACUUGACAGCUCAGGGAAGAUACCUAGCUUUAAAAAUUACGGUGGUACCUCCAGUUAAGAGCUUAAUUCGUUCUGGAGGUCCGUUCUUAACCUGAAGUACCACUUUAGCUAAUGGGGCCUCCCGCUGCCACCACGCCACCACCACACGAUUUCUGUUCUCAUCCUGAAGCAAAGUUCUUAACCCAAGGUACUAUUUCUGGGUUAGCGGAGUCUGUAACCUGAAGCAUCUGUAACCUAAAGCGUCUGUAACCCGAGGUACCACUGUAUUUGGGUGUUGCCCUGACGCAUCUGUCUAUGCUAAUCUUGUGUAACCCUCCCCUUUCUGACAUUUUAGUGAUGUAGCAAUGAUGUAUUGACGAUGCUGUGCAAACUGUAUUCUGGGAUAUGGUGGGGAAGUUUUAAAAGUGAAUGUCGCCCCAUGUUCAGGGUUCUUACUGCUGUUGGAACCUGUUGCGCAACAAUGAAGGAUCUAAGUCUAUUGACUGCUGUUUUGCUCCAAAUUGCUUGGCUGGAAUUUCCUUCUUUUACUGACCGCAUGGACCCACAGGGGACUUGGACCCCCAUGAGCUGGGCUGCUGAGUAGUCUCUCAACCCAGAAUUUUCUUUAACAGACACCUCUUCCCAAGAUGCACCUUUCACUGCCUCUGCUUCACCACCACUGCCAUAAACCAGUGGCAUAGGGUGGUGGGCUGACGGGGCAUUUUUUGAGGGGUCUACCAUGCCAGGGCAAUGGACCAGCCUCCACUGGUGCCAGCCUGAAUGAAAGCCCCCUUUACCGACAUGCUUUAGGCUUAUCAUGUGACAGUGUCAUGUGACAUGCAGCGAGGAUCCAGAGUCUCAUGCAAAUGUUCUUUUAACUCUUUCAGGCCUGCAAACAAAACUGAACGAGCUCACCAAUGAGAGAUGCCGGUGAGUGAAGCACAUAUUAUGCUCUUUUUUGCUGUGGCGACUGGGGCUAAGUUGGACUUGAGGCCAUUUCAGAAAAUCUGGGGCCGGUUCACGCAAUAUGGCCCCCCCCCCAAGACAAUUGUCGUGGGAACACAUUCAGAGCUGUGGCUGGGUUCAUACAAAAUGGCGGAGAGAACAUGGCUGCCACAGGUGCUUUGACAGUGGAGAGCAGUUUUUCAGCGCCUGUUCCUUAUGCGCUUUCUUCAGCAUGGAUUAUGCUACAAACUUCCAUCAGUCUAUUUGUCCACACAGCAAGCAUGGGGUGGGGUGUCAGGAUGGCCAAAUGGUCUUGGGUGUUGCGUUCAGGUCCCUUUCGUCCUCAGAGGUGCGGAUUUGAAUCCCACUGCUAACAACAAUUUGUUUGGGGUUGUAGCUCAGUGGCAGAAGGCCCCAAAUUUAAUCCCACAUUUAAACCCUGCCAGUCAGUGUAAACCAGAUGUGGGGAACAUUUGACCCUCCAGAUCAUGGGCAGGCAAACUAAGGCCUGGGGGCCGAAUCCGGCCCAAUUGUCUUCUAAAUCCAGCCCAUGGACAGUCCGGGAAUCAGCAUGUUUUUACAUGAAUCCCAUGUGUCCUUUUAUUUUAAAUGCAUCUCUGAGUUAUUUGUGGGGCUGGCCUGGUGUUUUUACAUGAGUAGAAUGUGUGCUUUUAUUUAAAAUGCAUCUCUGGGUUAUUUGUGGGGCAUAGGAAUUCGUUCUUUUUCUUCCUUCUUCGAAAUAUAGUCCAGCCCCCCACAAAGUCUGAGAGACAGUGGACCAGCCUCCUGCUGAAAAAGUUUGCUGACCCCUGCUCCAGAUGUUGCUGACCUUCCAUCAGUCACAACAAGCAUGGUCAAUGGCCAAGGCUGUUGGGAAUUCUAGUUCAGCAGCAGCUGGAGGGUCAAAGGUUCCCCAGGUAUGAACAGUACUGAGCAAGCUGGAUCAACAAUGCGACUCUGUCUAUAGUAGCUUACUAUGUUGUUUAAGGGUGUGGGAAUCUGCCGACCUCAUUUUGCUCCUUGUGCUCUCCCUGAAUCAGAGACACCCAGAGAAUCGAAGAGCUGUUCGCCAAAAACCACCAGCUACGAGAGCAACAGAAAGUCCUAAAAGAGAACGUGAAAGUGUUGGAAAACAGGUACAGCAGUUCAGGGGCUAGCUAUGCCAACCCAGCUUUUUCUGCUGCCCACCAAUGCCACUACCAUCAGCAGCCUCAAUUGCCAUCUGAGGAUGCUUGAGAAAUAAGAUCACUGUGAAUUCCAGUACGCACUUAACUGAUCCCCAGAGAUGUAGAUUAGGCAUGCCACAGGUUCUCCAUUCAUGCUAUGCAUAGUAAUGUAGCACAUCUUUUUUUUCCCCUUGACCUUUUGGCCUUACUUUGUAAAAGGCUUCUGUUUUUAUUUCUCUUUUCUCUCUGUAUUCAAGGUAUACACACCUUCCCAAUUAGUUACAGGUAGGUAGCCAUGUUGGUCUGCCGUAGUCAAAACAAAAUAAAAAAAAUUCCUUCCAGUGGCACCUUAGAGACCAACUAAGUUUGUUAUUGGUAUGAGCUUUCGUGGUAUCUGAAGAAGUGUGCAUGCACACGAAAGCUCAUACCAGUAACAAAGUUAGUUGGUCUCUAAGGUGCUACUAGAAUUUUUUUAUUUUGUUUCUUCCCAAUUAGGGGAUACUUGGUGCAUCUCAGAUAGCAGCCUAUAGCCCAUGAGUCCAAAAGACACACUCUUUAUUUAUAUUCCCAUACCAAGCUAUUUUAAAAAAUUAAUAUUGAUUAAAGUAUAAAUAUAAAUGAAUCCCUCUUCCCCUUUGAACAGUAUUUCAGUAUUCAGAUUACAUUUAUCAGCGCAAUACAGUCUACAAAUAGGCUUAAGAAUCUUCUUUUCAAACAUAACAUUCAGUCUUCUGUAAUAUAUAUAUAACACUAAUUUUUCCUUUACAGAGUUCAUUGUUUUUUUAUAACCUGUAAUUGAAACAAAUGACUCCAUUCCUUAGAUCCACAUUCCAUUUUUCUUAAUUCAUCUCACCCUUAUUCAAUUGAUCCUAUUUUCCCUUUAAAAGGCCAAACAUUGCUGGAACUGCUCUGCCAGAUUCCUGGCAUAUUUAUUUUUUAAAUAAACCCAAUAAACCCAUAUCAGUCCACUUGCCCAUCUUUCUUUGACUCCCUCGGGGCUGUUUUUGGAGGAUUCUCCCCCCGGAUUUCUUUGCACCCCUGAAAACCUCGAAGCUCGCAAAUGGUGCUGGGGUUUUUUCUUUUAUAAGUUGUGGCACUCACAGCCCAAACAUUGAUUCAUUCAUUUAUUUUAUUGCACUUAUGUGCCACCUUUUCCUCUAGUGGUAUACAUGGUUCUCCCCUUCCUCAUUUAAUCCCCUCCACAACCCUGAGAGGUAGGCGAGGCUGAGAGGCAGUGACUGGCCCAAAGUCACCCAGUGAGCUUCACAGCCAAGUGAAGAAGAAGAGUUUGGAUUUGAUAUCCCGCCUUUCACUCCCUUUAAGGAGUCUCAAAGCGGCUAACAUUCUCCUUUCCCUUCCUCCCCCACAACAAACACUCUGUGAGGUGAGUGAGGCUGAGAGACUUCAAAGAAGUGUGACUGGCCCAAGGUCACCCAGCAGCUGCAUGUAGAGGAGUGGAGACGCGAACCCGGUUCCCCAGGUUACGAGACUACCACUCUUAACCACUACACCACACUGGCUCUCGAUUUGGGGAUUUGAGCCCUGGUCUCCUGGGUCUUAGUCCUGUCAGGAGUUCAGCCUACACUCGAGUAGGACCCUGGCAGAGACAUAUGCCUGACUGGCAUGUUCUCUCCCUCCUGGUCGAUCGUUUGGGAGCUUCAAAAGCUUUCUUUUGCCCGAACGUCACAGCGACCGAUGCCAACAGACAUCGGCACACUUAGGGAUCCACAGAGUCUUCGCAGUUUGCGUAACAGACCUCAGCAACUCAGCAUUUUGGCUAAUCUACUUUAUUUACAUAUAAACACACACGGAGCACUGCAACAUGGCUCCCUCUCUCUCUGGCAUCAGACAGCAAAGAGGAAAAAGAACAAAGGACAAUAGUCCCACUUCACGGAAGACAGUAGCACAAACAUCCUGUCUCCAUCACUUCCCACUUUGUGGAGUCAAAACAUACACCGUUAUGUGAUAGACAAAAAUCCCAUGAAUGCAAUCACGGAGCAGGAAUUCCAGCACUCUAACCACUGAUCCACACUGGCUCUCAUUGGAAAUCAGAAACUUUGGAAAUACAGUGGUACUUCGGGUUACAUACACUUCAGGUUACAUACGCUUCAGGUUACAGACUCCGCUAACCCAGAAAUAGUACCUUGGGUUAAGAACUUUGCUUCAGGAUGAGAACAGAAAUCGUGCUCCAGCGGCGCGGCAGCAGUGGGAGGCCCCAUUAGUAAAGUGGUGCUUCAGGUUAAGAACAGUUUCAGGUUAAGAACGGACCUCCAAAACGAAUUAAGUACUUAACCUGAGGUACCACUAUAGAAGGAAUGACUAAGUGUGAUGGGUGUGUGUCUUUCAGGCCAUCAUUCCAGGACAGCUUCUCUGCUCAAAAGAUGUGACUUUCUCGUACCUUUUAUCAUAUGUGGAAUAAUGUACAAUAAUGUGGAAUAAUGUACAAUAGGAACCACUGAGGGGAAGGUGGGAAGUCCAGAGAUUUGGAGAAAUCUCUAAAUAAGGAUAUGUAAUUUGGAUUGUUAUAAACUAAUAUUUGUAAAAUCAAAUAAAAAUUAUUACAGAAAAAUAAAAAUCAAGAGGUGACGUUCUCCUUGUCUCUGAAUUACCUUUUAAAGGUUGCGAGCUGGUCUCUGCGACAGAUGCCAAGUGACCCAGGAGCUUGCGAAGAAGAAGCAACGCGAGUUUGGCAAGGCCCAUUUCCAGAGCCUUCAGCACAUCUUCAUCCUCAGUAAGCGCGGAGGAAAUCUGGUGUCUCCUCACAGUCAGAGAGAGUCGGGUCCAUCUCUCUUUAUUUAGUAAAGAAUGGGUGGAACAUUGUCCUUGAAGCUCGAGUAGGGGGAUUCAACAUUGGGAGAUGGUUGCAAAAUGCCACCUGUGUAUGCCCACUUCUGAGCGUUAGAAAUCAGAGAAUGCGUCCGGCUUCACCUAAUACAGAAACCUCUUCCUCUUCUCCGUUACAGGUAAUGAAAUGAACAAGGUGAGAGAGGAAAACAAGAGCCUGAAAGAAGAAAUUAAGAGGCUCUGCGGCACAGAGUAAGUUCUUCACAACACGUGGUUUUUUAAAAUAAAAAAAAAAUAUAAAUAUCAAUACAUUACAAAAGCUGUACACACUUGACAUUACAUUACAUAUAUUACAUACAAAACACACAUCACAUAUCUCACCCCUUCCACCUACCUACCAACAAAGACACCGACAUACUGUGGUUAUUGACUUCCAACCAGUCUCAUUGUGUAAUUUUGUCAGUCUUUAAUCUAUGUGCAUUACAUAUUGGUUAUUAUGUUUAUCCUUUAUGAUGAUUACCCGUACUUCCUUUCUCUAGUCUAACUUUUCUCUUCCUCCCCUUCUCUCGUCUAACUUCUCUAUUUAUUAGAUUUAUUUAUACUUCUGUCAGGAGUAUAUAGGUUUUCUAUAUAGGUUUUGAGAUAAUCAUUAAAUAUUGACCAAUCCUUGUUAACUCUUUGCGUGGUGUUUCCUCUUAAUCUCCCAGAUAAUUUUGCGAGCUGUGAGUAUUCAAUCAUUUUUUCUAACCAGCCAGUUUUUGUGGGAAUAUUGUUACUUUUCCAACUUUUGGCUAUUAGCGUCUUUGUUAUGGUGGUAACGUAUAUAAAUAUAGGUCAGGCAGUUUUUGUGAUUUCUCGUGACAUAAUACCAAGUAAAAACGCCUCAGGUUUUUUGUUGAAUUAAAAUUUAAACAUUUUUUAAAAUUUCAUUUUAAAAAACCUCCCAGAAUUCUCUUAUUUUCUGGCACUCCCACCAUAUGUGGAUAAAUGUAUCUAUCACCAGGCCGUGACGACAGAAGAUUUCACCUGAAGUCCGUUAGAGUUAGCUGAACAGCAUUAUAGAGCACAAAAUUGCAUUUUUUUUCAGAGAACCUCUGCUAUUGAAGGUAACCAUAGCUACCAGCAGGUGGAGCUUUUGCAUUACUUACGUCUAGACUAAGGAAUUCGUAGGAGCUGCAGCGAUGGGAAUGAGAAGAGAAGUUUGACUAGCUGCCAUUUCCGUCGUAUCCCUGUUUUUUCUUGCAGCGGAUAAUUUUGAGCAAUUAUCGUAAGCUGCCUUGUCGAGGAGAGAUGAUAACUGCUGAAAAGUGGGCUAUAAAUGUUAUAGGUAAAGAUUAAGACUUGUUGUUGUUUAGUCGUUUAGUCAUGGCCGACUCUUCAUGACCCCAUGGACCAGAGCACGCCAGGCACUCCUGUCUUCCACUGCCUCCCGCAGUUUGGUCAAACUCAUGCUGGUAGUUUCGAGAACACUGUCCAACCAUCUCGCCCUCUGUCGUCCCCUUCUCCUUGUGCCCUCAAUCUUUCCCAACAUCAGGGUCUUUUCCAGGGAGUCUUCUCUUCUCAUGAGGUGGCCAAAGUACUGGAGUCUCAGCUUCAGGAUCUGUCCUUCCAGUGGGCACUCAGGGCUGAUUUCCUUCAGAAUGGAGAGGUUUGAUCUUCUUGCAGUCCAUGGGACUCUCAAGAGUCUCCUCCAGCACCACAAUUCAAAAGCAUCAAUUCUUCGGCGAUUAAGAUUAAGACAGGCAUCCCCAAAUUUGGCCCUCCAGAUGUUUUGGGACUACUAUUCCCAUCAUCCUGAUCACUGAGUCCUGUUAGCUAGGGAUGAUGGGAGUUGUAGUCCCAAAACAUCUGGAGGGCCGAGUUUGGGGAUGCCUGGAUUAAGAGGAUUCUAGCAUUCACUCCUCAUGCAAAUGGUGCAAUUCAGUCAUAGAAUCAUAGAAUCAUAGAGUUGGAAGAGACCACAAGGGCCAUCGAGUCCAACCCCCUGCCUAGCAGGAAACACCAUCAGAGUCAGGUGCCCGCGUCCCUGCUGUAGUUUCUUUUUUCAUUCUUUUUCCUUUGUGGUUCCACAGGGACAGACAGAAGCCUCUGAGAGGGUCAUCGAGAGAAGGGAGCUCCAACCCCAACUCCCCACUCCCCUUGAUCUCCACACAGAGCAGGAAAUCCAGUGCUGAGAAAUCCGCAAGCCGAGAAGCAGAAGACGAGUAUGACGAACCGUUCAGCCGUCCGCUGGCAGGAGGCAUGUUCUCCUGGGGCUGGCCCCAGUUUGCUCUGCGGCAGGGCUAGGGAACCCUUCUAGGCCCAGGGCAGAAUUGCCCUCGUAGGCAACCUCCUGAGGUGCUCAGCGGUGGGGGCUGGCACCCAUUGGAACUGGUAGAGCAUAAGGCAGAGAGGUCAACAGUAAGUGGAGUCAAAGCAAUGACAGACUAAUAAUAAUAAUAAUAAUAAUAAUAAUAAUAAUAAUGUAUUAUUUAUAUCCCGCCCAUCUGGCUAGUUUCCCCAGCCACUCUGGGCAGCUCCCAAGAGAAUAUUAAAAACACGAUAAAACAUCAAAUGUUAAAAACUUUCCUUCAGAUUUCUUGCAAAAGUCAGGUAGUUAUUUAUUUUCUGGACAUCUGGUGGGAGGGUGUUCCACAGGGCGGGCGCCACUACCAAGAAGGCCCUCUGCCUGGUUCCCUGUAGCUUCACUUCUCGCAGUGAGGGAACCUCCAGAAGGCCCUCAGAGCUGAACCUCAGUGUCUGGGCAGAACGAUGGGGGGUGGAGAUGCUCCUCCAGGUAUACUGAGAAGACUCAUUCUCGUUUUGUCUCCAUCCUCUUCCCUGCUGAGGUCUUUAAGGGCAACACUGAGCCUGUGGGAGAAGAAGUUGGCAGCCACUGGUGGCCCCUAGACUGCAUGUCAGUAAGAAGGCAGGCAGGCAGGGGCUGGUUGAGGAUGGUGGGGCAAUGCGCCAUUUGCCCUAAUGUAGACUUCCUGUAGGCAUCUUGUUGGCCACCAUGAAAACAGAUUGCUGGACUAGAUGGGCCUUUGGACUUUGGUUCUUAAGUUCUGAGGAUGGCAGACCAGAUUUGGAUGGGUCCUCUACAUUCCAACAUAUGGCCCACGUUGGGCAAAAGUUUCCAGCAUUGCAGGGGGCUGAACUAGACGGCCCUCGUGGUUGCUUCCAACUCACGAUUCUAUGAUUCUUUGAAACAUCCGGUCCUCUCUUCCCUUCUUCCAGAUCAGUCUCCAGGACAGAGAAGCUCCCCAAGUAGCAGGGUCUCUCCGAACAUCCUUCUCCAGGGAGAACGUGCUGUGGAGAUGGUAAGCAUUUCCCUAGCUAACUUGUUAUUCUCUAUCUUUCCAAAACCAGAAGAAAGAGGAAGGCAAUGGAUGAAGCAAGGCUGUUGAGACCCAUUUGAAGGGCCCGGGCCUGUUUUCAGCUCCGGAGGCCUUGGCAGCUGUUGUAAACAAAAUCUACCCUUUUUCCCUUAUGGGGUAUCCAAGAGCCCGUAUAGAGUUCUUACGUGGGUUCGCUAUUGAUAGGAGAAAAUAACAGAGGCCAACCAGAGAAUAUUUAAAAGCAAAGCAGCUAGUAAGCCUGAUCUUUAUUGAUCUGCUGCAACAGGGUGCUCCCCUCACACGCAGGAAAGGAGGAGGACCCCCAAACAAAGAUCUGUCUGCCCUUAUAUAGACAAUUUAAAUUCCCUGCCCUGGAGCUCAAGACCACCCCUCCAUACAUCAUACAUACAUCACAGAAGGGGUGUAACCCAAGACCACCCCCCACAAACAUCAUACCUACAUCACAGAAAAGGUGGUCUACAACAGAAAUCUGAAUGUUGUUGUUUUUCCUGUCUGCCAGGUUAUCUGAUAAUGCCUUAUCUGAUUGGCUUUCCUGGUAGUCUUUCACCCUUUGAGAUGGUGAUUUCCCAAUUCCUGAGACAAUGGGAAGGUCCCUCACCCCUUGCAGAGCAAACAUUUGGUCAGUCUGGGAGUCAAAAUGGUUUCAGGUCGGUCUUCCUGUGCUGAUCUAUGUACAUGCUUGGUUGGUACAUUUAUGAAAAUUUAUUAUAAAUAAGACCUUAAAUUUUAUUAUUACACAGCCUCACGCUACUUUUUGAGCCUGGGAUGUGGGAUUGGACUUGCAAAGCGGCGCAGCAUGAGGAGAAAAAUGCACCCUAAAAAAAAAUAUGCACCCAGGGCCAUGGCCCCCCUCACCCCUCCUACACCUCUGGCCCUGCCUCUUGAAAAUGUUGAACGAGACUUCACCACUCUGUUCAGCCUCCUCUUUUUGCCUCCUUCCCCCAGACAAUGCAGGGGUGAAGGUAGUUGGAGGUAAAGCGAAGUAACCCCAUCAUGGCUCUGCAACUGUUAAGUUGGAAUUGUAAUGGUUUGAACUCUCCUCGAAAGAGAAAAAGUGUUUUUCGUUUACUAAAAAAGGAACAAUUGGACUUGAUUUGCUUACAAGAAACACAUGUAACAAGGUUACACAGGAAACUACUGAUUAAUAAAAGAUUGGGACAGGAGUUUAUCUCAUCUGACAAAGUUGAAAAAAGAUGAGUUGUGAUAUAUGCAAAGGAGAGACUAUCACCGAAAUUAAUUUUUAAAGAUGAACAAGGCAGAUUUUUGGCAAUUGAAAUUCAAGUUCAAGGAGAGAAAUUUUUGAUCGUAGGAAUUUAUGCACCGAAUGAGGGGAAAUCUGAAUUCUUUAAAAAGUUGCAUGAGACUUUAUUGGACUAUCUGGAUUACAAUCUGAUUCUGAUGGGGGAUAUGAAUGGAGUAGUAUCUACAAACAUGGACAAGGCACAAAGACAGGUCGUUACCAAGGAUGGUAGACUACCGAAAACAUUUUUUGAGAUGACAGACAAUAUGGACUUAGUGGACAUUUGAAGAGUAAAGAACCCCCUGGGAAGAGAGGGAACUUUCUUUUCUGAAGCCAAGAUGACAUGGACUAGAAUUGAUCAAAUAUGGGUAACUAGAGGAAUGGCACCAAAGAUAAAGAAAGUGGAAAUCUGCCCAAAAACCUGCUCCGACCAUAAUGCUGUAAGGAUGGAGAUGAAACAAAUAUCAACUGGCUCCUUCAGAUGGAGGAUGAAUGACACCCGGAAAAGGGUCUGACCUGACGAGAAGGGUUAAAAACAUUAUUAAGUUGGAGUUACCACGAGCAAGAGACAUUGUCAAGCUGGAGUUACCACGAGUAGGAGAUAAGGGAAAUUACAGCUAUAAAUAUGAAGAAGAGCUGCGGAAGGGCCAUGGAAGUGACCUGAGGGCCUCGGACAUAAGGUUACCGGGCUAGACUGAUGGGAAUAAGGUCUGACAAAUCCCGGAACCAGGAGGAAGGGACGUUGGAUAAAGAUUGGACUUGUCUAUAUCUUUCUUUUUCUUUCUUUUUAUUAUUAGAAUGUCUCACAAAGUUGAUGAAUGAUAGAAAAAUGUUGGAAGAAAUUACCUGGCUUUAGUAAAGAUGCAUAAAGAAUUAUGAAAGAAUAUUAUGGUUAUGAGAAGCUGGUAAGGUUAAGACUUAAGUUUUAAACUUUAAGGUUUAUUUUAUUAUAGAAAGAUAGGAUUAAAAUAGUCUAGGGUAAUGUAAUGAUAGAACUUUAUGAAACAUGGAAAGGAAAGGAUUUGCUGGGAUAAUUAAUAACUAGAAUACAAAGGAAGGGAGGAGGAGGAGGUCUAAGAAAGAAGGCAAUGACAGUUAAGGGUCUGAAAAUAAUGAACUUGUUUUUUUUUAUUCUUUUUUCUGUAUCUUGUAUUUUCUUGUAUUUUUACUUUUUGUAUUUUUACUUUUUGUUUUUGUGUAAUUCUUGUAUUCUUUGAAAUUUUAAUAAAUAUCAUUUUUUUAAAAAAAAGGAUGAAUGACACCUUAUUUAGAGAUGAAGAAGUCUAUAAAAAGGCCCAAAAAACUUUGAGAGAUUAUUUUGAAAUAAAUAUGAACACCAAUGUAGAAAAAAGAGUAAUCUGGGACGCAAGUAAAGCUGUUAUGAGAGGGUUUCUGAUACAACAGAAUGCAAUAAAGAAGAGAAGUCAAAAUGAGAAGAAAGAUAAAAUUUUGGAGAAAAUAAAAGAAAGUGAGAAGAAACUGAGAGCAAAACCAAAGUCGCAGGAGAUUUUGAGAGAAAUAAAAUUAUAUCAAGUACAAUAUAUGGAAAUGAUGAAUCAGGAAAUAGAAUGGAAAAUUAAACAAAUGAGACAAAAAACAUUUGAAUCAGCUAAUAAAUGUGGGAAAUUGCUGGCCUGGCAAAUGAAAAAAAGACAAAAAUUAAAUACUAUCACAAACUUAGAAGUGGAAGGAAAGAAUAUACAUAACCCAACUGAGAUUAGAGACUGUUUCCACAGGUAUUACAAACAAUUAUACACACAAGGGCCACAGAAAGAAAUGGACAUAGACAAAUUUUUGAAGACAAAUGGACUACAAAAAAUCUCCCAAGAAAGCAAAUUAAUGUUGAACUAUAAAAUAUCCGAACAGGAAGUAGAAGGUGCCAUUCAAAAUAUGCAAUUGGGCAAAUCUCCAGGACCGGAUGGGCUGACUUCUAGAUAUUAUAGAUCUUUGAAAGAGUGGCUAUUACAACCUUUGAAGGAAGUCUGUAAUGAAAUAUUGGAAGGGAAAAGGGCACCAGAGUCGUGGAAAGAGGCGUACAUUACACUUAUACCGAAAACAGAGACUGAAAAGACUCAGCUUAAGAACUACCACCCUAUAUCGUUACUUAAUGUGGAUUACAAAAUUUUUGCAGACAUUUUGGCCAAGAGAUUGAAAAAAAGUAUUGAUGGAAGAGAUCCAUAAAGACCAAGCGGGCUUUCUCCCAGGAAGACACUUGUCUGAUAAUUUGAGAAAUAUAAUUGAUAUUUUGGAAAAACUAGAAGUGAAUAUAAACACUAAAGCAGUUCUGAUAUUUGUGGACGCGGAGAAAGCCUUUGACAACGUCUCUUGGAGCUUCAUGAAGAAGAAUCUACAGGGGAUGGGGGUAGGCCAAGGUUUUGAAAAUGGUAUAGGUGCAAUAUACUCUGAACAAAAGGCUAAAUUAAUUGUAAAUAAUGUGGUGACGGAAGAAUUUAAGAUAGAAAAAGGGACACGACAGGGGUGCCCAAUCUCCCCACUGCUUUUUAUAUCGGUCCUGGAGGUUCUGCUGAAUAUGAUUAGAAGGGACCGGUUGGUUAAAGGUAUACAGGUCGGAGCCAAACAGUACAAACUGAGAGCAUUUGCAGAUGACUUAGUAUUGACGUUACAGGAGCCAGAAUCUAGUACUAAAAGGGUUUUAGAACUAAUUCAAGAAUUUGGUCAACUGGCAGGAUUUAAACUGAACAAGUUAAAAACUAAGGUUUUAGAGAAAAAUUUAACACUGAUUGAAAGAGAGAGGUUUCAGAAUGAGACAGGCCUGACUGUGGUUAAGAAAGUGAAAUACCUGGGGAUUAACAUGACAGCCAAAAAUGGGAACUUAUUUAAAGAUAAUUAUGAAAAAUGUUGGACGGAAGUGGAAAAAGAUUUAGAAAUCUGGUCAAAUUUGAAGCUUUCACUGUUGGGUCGUAUUGCUGUGAUAAAAAUGAAUGUAUUGCCUAGAAUGCUGUUUUUGUUUCAAACAUUGCAAAUUGUGGACAAGAUGGACUGUUUCAAGAAGUGGCAGAGAGAUAUUUCUAGAUUUGUCUGGCAGGGCAAGAAGCCCAGAAUAAAAUUUAAGAUAUUAACUGAUGCAAAGGAAAGGGGUGGAUUUGCCCUGCCAGACUUUAAACUUUACUAUGAAUCAGCAGCUUUUUGCUGGUUGAAAGAAUGGCUACUUCUUGAAAACACAGACAUUUUGGACUUAGAAGGUUUUAACAAUGUAUUUGGAUGGCAUGCAUAUCUGUGGUAUGACAAGGUCAAAGCGCAUAAAGCAUUUAAAAACCAUAUUGUCAGGAAAGCACUGUUUAAUGUUUGGAUAAGAUACAAGGAUUUGUUGGAAAACAAAACCCCAAGGUGGCUGUCACCGAUGGAAGCGAAAGCUCUGAAAAGGCUCAAUAUGGAGGCCAAUUGGCCGAAAUAUUGGGAAAUUUUGGAACAAGAUGGAGAUAGACUGAAACUGCAGAGUUUUGAGAAACUAAAAAUAAAGUGCGAGACUGGCUUCAUUAUUAUCAGAUAAUGGAGGCAUAUAAUUUGGACAAGAAAAUUGGCUUCCAGGUGGAAAAAUCAAAAUUAGAAACAGAACUGUUAGAACCCAAAACUAAGAAUUUGUCAAGAAUGUAUAACUUGCUGUUGAAAUGGAAUACUCAGGAUGAAACGGUGAAAUCUGCUAUGAUUAAAUGGGCACAAGAUGUUGGACAUAAUAUUAUGUUUGCUGACUGGGAACAGUUAUGGACCACAGGUAUGAAGUUUACGGCAUGUAAUGUCCUAAGAGAGAAUAUUAUGAAAAUGAUAUAUAGGUGGUACAUGACCCCAGUCAAGCUGGCAAAAAUCUAUCAUUUGCCCGACAAUAAAUGCUGGAAAUGUAAAGAAACUGAAGGUACAUUCUUUCACCUUUGGUGGACGUGCCCAAGGAUUAAGGCCUUCUGGGAAAUGAUAUAUAAUGAACUGAAAAGGUAUUUAAAUAUACCUUCUUGAAGAAACCAGAGGCCUUUCUCCUAGGCAUAGUCAGCCAAUUGGUGCCAAAGAAGGACAGAACUUUUUUAUGUAUGCCACAACAGCAGCAAGAAUACUCAUUGCAAAGUAUUGGAAGACACAAGAUCUACCCACUCUGGAAGAAUGGCAGAUGAAGGUGAUGGACUAUAUGGAACUGGCAGAAAUGACUGGCAGAAUCCGAGACCAGGGAGAAGAGUCGGUGGAAGAAGAUUGGAAGAAAUUCAAAGAUUAUCUACAGAAAUAUUGUAAAAUUAAUGAAUGUUAGAAUGAUGUUGGAUAGUAAUUAAGUGGUUUCCAGCUGUAAUGCUUUAAGGGAAUAUGAAAAAAGGGUUAUAAAUAGGUAAAAAUUUAAUAUUAUUACUUUUAAAGGAUUUGCUGAACUAACAGAUUGAAGUGGAAUACAAAAAAGGGAGGUAUGAGGAGGUCCGGGAAAUAAGUCAAAGGAAAAUAAGUAAUGGAAAAUCUGUGUGUUUUUAACUAUUUUUAUUUUGUAUUUUUGUCAUUUUUUUUUUCAUUUUUAUUGUAAUAUUUUAAAAAAUCUUAAUAAAUAUCUUAUAAAAAAAGAAAGAAAGAAUGCAACAAAGCCUUUCUCCUCGUCCUGUCUCCCCUCUGUUGUUAGCAUUCUUCUCAGAGGAUAGCCAACCAGUUGCACGGAACAAUUGCGUUACUGAGGCCCGGCUCGAGAUCCUGCUCUCAGGAAAGAGAUUGCCCAGGAAGUCCCGUCCCACCCCCUGCGAGUGAAACGCCCCCACCCCCAGCAUCUGAUCGAAUUCCCAGCUUUGAAGCGUAAGUAAGAACUCAAGAAAUGGCCUCGGUCGAGUAUAUCUGAAGGAGCAUCUCCACCCCCAUCGUUCUACCCGGACACUGAGGUCCAGCACCGAGGGCCUUCUGGCACUUCCCUCACUGAGAGAAGCCAAGUUACAGGGAACCAGGUAGAGGGCCUUCUCGGUAGUGGCACCCGCCCUGUAGAACGCCCUCCCAGCAGAUGUCAAAGAGAACAACAACUACCAGACUUUUAGACGACAUCUGAAGGCAGCCCUGUUUAGGGAAGCUUUUAAUGUUUGAUGCAUUACUUUAUUUUAAUAUUGUGUUGGAAGUCACCCAGAGUGGCUGGGGAAACCCAGCCAGAUGGGUGGGGUAUAAAUAUAUUAUUAUUAUUAUCAUCAUCAUCAAGAGCAGUCUAGGGUGUGUGAGCUACAAAAGCCUGCCUGGUCUCUUCAAGAAUAUCCCAGGCCUCUCCCUUGCAUUUUCAACUUUCAUUUGAAGGGGUGGGAAACCAAGUUUCUAGAUCCUUUGCUUAUGGUAGCAUACAGAAAAAGUGAUCACCAGGGUAAAGAGGGAAACAUCCUUGCCGCUGGCUUGCAGAGGGAGAAAAGGAGGACAAAUCACCAUGUGAAACAGCUUUUAGAUCUAGAUUCCAGUAUAGCGCUACAGCCCACACAGCUUAUUGAAGUGCUUGCAAUGGGAUGUGUGCUGUGUGUUGAAACGUGACCAGUGAAUUCAGGUCCCACACAGCUGUUGGUAAUGUAACUGGUUUAUUAUCAGGGUUAUAUACAGAUUUCUGGCAUGGCUUCUAUUACAGGCCUGCAGCAGGAUUUCUCCCAGGACAAAACAAAGGUGAGAGAGGAGUCAGGAGACUAGAUGUUGUUAAAGGAACAAUGCGCUGUAAGUUCACUACAUCUGAACGUAGCAUAGCAUGGUGAAUCAGGAGCACUUAGAUGAUGGCUUCACCACCUCGACCUUCUGUCCAGGUUGACCAAAACAAAGUCACUCACUAUGGAGUCUAGAGUCAUAGAAUUGUAGAAUUGGAAAGGACCCAAAGCAUCAUCUAGUCUAAUCCCCAACAGUGCAGGAUAAUAAAUGGAAAGUGAGCACCCUGCUGGAAUGCAGCCUGAGCCAUUUGAAGUUAUGGUUCCCAAUAUAGCACUAAAACUCUCGUUCUGUCAGUGCAAGGGUUGCUGUUUGUGCAAUGGAACGUUCUCCCCCAUGCAUCCCCUAAAACUGUUUAGGGGUUCUCCCAACUGUCUGCAGCAGAUUUGGGAAGUGGGGUACACGUGGGUUUGGUACACGUGGGGAAAGGAGAAGAGGGGAAGUCUCACUGCAUAACCAGAAGUCCUUCCACUAAUGGGACAUGUUAGGGCUGGCUCUGUGAUGAGACAGAGGGAAGCAGCUGCCUCAGGCAGCAGGUUCUAAGGGGCAGGGAACAAGGAGAGCUAUGGGUACCAUGCUUUGUACCCCCUAAUCUACCUGGCUGCCCUCAAGCACGGUGGAAGAUACUUUCCUUUCACCAGUAUUGAGGUAAGACUCAGCUGCCAAUCCAAUUGGCUUCUGUAUGUGCCUUGGGGAAGGGCACCAUCUUGUCUUUUGCCUCAGGCAGCAAAACAUCUUCAUCCGGCCCUGACAGUAGUUGAAUACUACCCUGCAACUCUUGGCAGAUUUUUGAGUAGUGUUGAUGACAGUCAUGCUUUAUUUCAGUUAUUUAAGAGCCAGCAAAUCAGACUGCCGGGAACUUGCUUCAUCUUACAAGGCUCUGAAGUUUGCCACCAGAAAGGAGCAAUCCUGCCUCCCCAGCCAACACUUUGCCUUGCACCAUCUUGGGCUCCAGAGUAACUCCAGCAGCAGGGAAAGUGGUUUCCCUCACCGCUUACUAAUGGCCAGAGAGGCAGAAGGCAGAAUGAAGUCACAAGACGACUGGGAAGACCAAGCUGCCAUCUUCGAUCUCCCAGGCGCUAUGGUGUACAUGAAGGACCGCCAUUUGGAGAAUAGACUCCAGUUUCUUAAUCAUCAAGAGAAGCUCCGUUAUUUAUUGAUGCAACAGCAGGAAUGCAAUGCCAAGAUGGAAGACGGCUUAGAUCGCACUGAGCGUCGAUCGCCUUCCCCACUGCUGAGGGCAGGCAAGGAGUGCAAAAAGGAAAGGUCCAGUUCAGGAGACUCUAGUGAGGGAACGCUAGGGCGAUUUCUUUUGAUCGACAGGGAGGAACUGGAGCAAGCAGAGAAGGCAGAAGUCAUGAGGGAGUAUCUCACAGAAGUACCCCUAGACCUAUCAGAUUAUGGAAGAGGAAGAGAGAAACUGAAGGCAGCCAACUGGCAACCAUCCUCAGGGGAAGAGGAGCCUGGAAGUCCGAUUAAAAGGUCAGCUGAAGACCCCAUCCUUCAUAAAAGUGAUUUGUCCACCUGGCUCCACGCAGCUGAACGUCUCCACAGGGGCAAAGAGUCAGAGCAGCUCAGCGUGGGAGCCAAGGAGAACCUUGCAGCAUCUCUGGUAAGAGAAACUGCUCCAAGAGUUCAUGUGUUGGGCUGUUUCUGAACUGUCACUUCUGUUUAUAAACAAAACCAUUUUCCAUUUAUGUUUUUUAUGCCACUUUUAUCCUUUGCAAUAUUUUUGCCCUCCUACCAGUCCUAUGACCUAGGACAACAGUUAGGCAAGAGCCUCUUUGAUUUGCACAGCAGCAAAUCACCUUGUUCACCAUUGAGAAUGGAUGGAUGGAUGGAUUUAUAUGCCACUUAAUGCCAAAACAGGCUUCUGAGUGUUUACAAGUAUAGAAACCAAUUACAUAAGAAUUAAAACAUAUGCAUCCAUAAAUAAUAUGCGACAAUCAAAUGGCACAACAAAAUACUUGCCAGCCAAUCCUACUCUUGUAUUGUACAUAUGUGUGAAUACACUUGUCCCUGCAUGGGCUCCUCACCUUGAAACAAGCGGGUAUACAUCUGGUGGAGAGUCAGCUGCCUCAAGGCCUUCCUGCCCCCAGUCCUCCACACAUUUUACCUGUUUAGUAUAUCUGCAAAGGGCUAGGAUGAAUGUGGCAUGCAGAUGUUUUGCACAUUAUGUGUUUAAAGUGUAGGUGACAUAGUCACAUCUUUAAAUACUCACAUGAACAGUCAGACCCAAUCAGAGUCCCACAAUAUGUGUGCAAAGAUGCUGAAAGAUGUGGCUACAUCAUCCACACUUCAUGGGUCCUCUUCAGGAAACAUCUGUCUGCUGCAUCAGUCAUGUCACCUUUGACUGAACAUGAGCAUCAUUCAGUUCAUAUGUGCUCGUGGGAGCUGUAUCCAAUGUUAAAAGCAGACCUAUUGAGAUUAAUGGGUGUGACUAACUAAGGUCCAUGAAUUUCAGUGGGUCUUGUCUGAGCUGGACACGACUUAUGGUUCACAUUCUGUGAAUACUUACAGUGAUGCUUGUGUUUAGCAGGACUUGAACACAGGUCUCAUGAACAUACGAAGCUACCUUACACUGCCAGCAUAUAUAGCCAAGUAGUGUAUAUUCUGAUUCACUGCAGUUCUCCAACACUUAAGAGAGGGUCACUCCAGCCCCACCAAGGUGCCUUUUGGUGAAAAAUGAACCCCAGACCUCCUACAUGCAAGAUUUGUGCUCUACCACUCAAUUACAUCCCUUCUCCAUCUCAUCAAGAAGGAAGGCUAGUCAUGUGUGAUGUUCCAUGGAGGCUGUUUUGGUCCAUGGAGAUACUCACCACCAAGCAUAGCUGAUCACCCCAGCUGUGCUGGAGGUGGGUAAGCAGGGGAACAUAAGAUCAGCACCUUGGAGAGGUGUCCUGUAGCUGAGGCAGGACAUACAUGUGGACUCAGAAGUGUCCUGGAGCAACUAACAGGUCUUGAUAGGCUAGGCUAGCUAUUCAUUGACUAGAGAUCCCUCCUUGUGCGCUACAGCUCCACAUAUGACAGUCCGUGAAAUACACCCGUCUCCUUACAGCUGCAGAUGUUGGAUGAAUCUGCCUUUGAGGAUUCCUGGUCUGUGGCCAUGAUGGAGGCUGGGUGUUAUUGGUGUGGGUGUGUUUGUGUUCAACUGCUAUAUUUCUGGCCACAAACAUCUGUCUGUGCCUUCUGCAGAUCUCUUCACUACAAGAACUUCCCACGUACAAGCCGGCAUCUUGCGACGCCACAGCCGAUUCAGAGGCAAAGGUGCCUUUUGAAGCGCAGAAGCAGAAAAUGGACCAGCCAGGUAACCUGCACUUUCAGAGAGACAGUGAUAGGGAACAACAUUUCUCUUGGUAGGUUGUAGGGUUUUUCUAAGUUAGCAGGCCCCAGGUGCAUGAAACACGCCCUCAUCUUUUCAGACAGACAGACGCCAACAACAACAUCAUCACCAUGAUUUGCUCGCUGGGAGAUUAGACGGUGUUAACUAUUUAAAGGUAAAGGGGUAAAGGACCCCUGACCAUUAGGUCCAGUCGUGACCGACUCUGGGGUUGCGGCGCUCAUCUCGCUUUAUUGGAUGAGGGAGCCGACGUACAGCUUUCGCGUCAUGUGGCCAGUAUGACUCUAAGCCGCUUCUGGUGAACCAGAGCAGCGCAUGGAAAUGCCGUUUACCUAUUUAUCUACUUGCACUUUGAUGUGCUUUCAAACUGCUAGGUUGGCAGGAGCAGGGACCGAGCAAUGGGAGCUCACCCCGUCGCGGGGAUUCAAACUGCCAACCUUCUGAUCAGCAAGUCCUAGGCUCUGUGGUUUAACCCACAGCACCACCUGCGUCCCUGUUAACUAUUUAGUUAGCAUUUAAUUUCAACUUGUUUGUGAAGACACUGGAUGACCUUGCAUCAAAGUAAGUGUUACCCUACACUUUGCCAUGCAUUUUCCCGACACUUUCCUUAUUGCCAAAAGUCUGAUCUUUUUGGGGAAGUGGGUUUACUGCCCAAUACCUCCAAAUCAACUGUAACUGCCCAACCUGAAUUUGCCUGUAUGUGACUGAAUCCCACCCAAAAAUAGAGACAAACUGGAAACGCCAUUAGCCUUUAAGGUGCCAGAAGACUCUUAUUUCUGUGGUUGCUGUAACAGACUGACACAGCUACCAUUUCUUUCAGCAAGAAAUGUAGACAUCCCUUGUUGACCAAACCACUCUUACAUCAAACUGCACUCCAAAACUUGAGAAACAUUUCCCCUAAUGGUUGUAAUUAACACUCUCAGUAGCAACCUCUAAGUUCUGUGGCUUCCAAAGAAACUUCUAUUGCUCAACCGGUAGUUUCACUCCUUAUAUCCUGGACGACUGCAUUGUUUGAACACACUGUGCCUCCAAUUUAAGUAAACUUUGAUUAUAACAGACAGUAGGUCUUUGUGCUCAACCGAAACCUCCAGCACCCUGUAAGGCUUUUCGGACAGCAAGACCAGAAACUUCUCACUUUAGCCUGUGGCCAUAUCAACCCAAGCAAGCCCCACCUGCUCAAAUUAUUUGUUCACCUAGAUCAGUAUUGUCUGCUGUGAUUGACAGCAGCUCUCCAAGGUCUCAGGCAUUUGCCUCCUGGUAUUUUUACCUGGAGAUUUCAGAUAUUUAACCUACGACUUCCUGCAUGCAGACCAUGUACUUAACCAGUGAGAUAUGGACACACGAUAGGAAGUUGCAAAGGGAAUGAUCCCUGAUUCAAGACAAUGAGGAAAUCACAAGCUUUUCCUAUUUAUAGCCCCCACAGGAAAAUCCCCAUUUUUUAAAUUUUCUCUACAUCUGUGAGGAAUAGAAACUUGACCCUUCCCAUCUCCUUCUCCCAUCAGUAAAAUGGUUGGUUGGCUCUCCUAUUAUAUGAGGGGGGAAAGCACUAUUCCUAUAUCAACAACAACAACAAAAGUCACAUCCGUAAUUUCAACUUUACUGGCUGAGCUGGAAAGUAGAGUUGGCCUAUAUGGCUUGAUUUUGUGAAGCUCUAGCCCAGACCAGAGAAUCAGGAUUUUUGUGCUAGUGGGAAAGUUUUUGUUUUGUUUUUUAAAGGCAGCUGUGUGCUGAUUUGCAUAUAAGGAGAUCUAAUCAAGGGAGAAGGAUCUCUCAAUUGAUUGACAUCUGGGUGGGGUGGGAACACACACAGAGAGAGGUUUUGUUUGCUUGUCAUUUGAAUAUUGGUGUGGCUCCUCGUCUGGAAACUGCAAGUCCUCCAACAGCUGAUCUUUCAUCUGCCAUUGUUUCCUUUAGGUAACGGAGAUUCUGAGUCAGUCAAUGAAGAAUCUGACGAGCCCAAUACAUCUGAUAGCGAGGUUUGUUCCCUUUUGUGUAUUUUCUCAUCAUCCCACACAUAAACCUGUCUGUCCCCCCCACAACACAUACACCAAGUAGAGUCUACCUUCUGGCUAAGCACAACCCAUUCUCAGUGUGGGACUCAUUUAGGAGGCAACUGGGCAAUACUGGGUUUAUUUGGCUGAAUAUGCCCACCUGUCAUUCAGCUGAUGACUAAUUUUUGCUUGCGCAGUGUAAUUCAAGACCCAAGGAAUCAGCUGUUGUUGGCGCUUGCAAAGUACCGUACUUUUCCGUGUAUAAUACUACGUUUUUUUACUUUAAAAAUAAUGUUUAAAAAGGGGGGUAGUCUUAUACACGGGGGCAAUCUCCCCCAUUUUCUUAAUUUUGAGUCUCCAAAAAUAGGGGGGCGUCUUAAACAUGGUGACGUGUUAUACAAAGAAAAAUACGGUACAUCAAAGCAGGUAGACUGGUGACUUUGAUUGGCCGCCAAGACCAUAUAACACCGGUCCUGGAAGACCUACAUUGGCUCCCAGUACGUUUCCAAGCACAAUUCAAAGUGUUGGUGCUGACCUGUAAAGCCCUAAAUGGCCUCGGCCCAUCGUUCAGCCCAGACACUGAGGUCUAGCGCCGAGGGCCUUCUGGCAGUUCCCUCACUGCAAGAAGUGAGGUUACAGGAAACCAGGCAGAGGAAACCAGGCAGAGUGGCGCCCGCCCUGUGGAACGCCCUCCCACCAAAUGUUAAGGAAAUAAACAACUAUCUGCCGUUUAGAAGACACCUGAAGGCAGCCCUGUUUAGGGAAGUUUUUAAUGUUUGAUGUGUUUGUGUUUUUAAUAUUCUGUUGGGAACCGCCCAGAGUGGCUGGGGAAAGCCAGCCAGAUGGGCAGGGUAUAAAAAUAUAUUAUUAUUAUUAUUAUUAUUAUUAUUAUUAUCACAUGGCUUUGAAGCCACCGCUGAUCUGCAAACCCCUUUUGGUCCAGCCAUGCCUUUACCCAGCCUGGUGUCAUAUAUUACAUUAAGUUGAAGGCAGAACUGCCCCAUGGUUUAAAUGGGGAGGGCUGGUGGGUCUGAUUAAGCCCACAAACAAGAGAUUCCCCACUUCUGAGAACCUUUGGCAAUGCUAAUCAAACCUUAUGCUCUCAACUAAGUCAAGAGAAGCCACUAGAGAAAGGGGGCUCCAUAUGGUGUGCCAGGAUCCUGCUCCAACAUCGCACGUGGGCAGACAAGUGUGGCGACAAAGCAGUCAGCUCAUGAGAUGCAUGGCCUUAUGAGAUUCAGCUGGCCCAGUUGUUAGGCAGAGUGAAGCAACUGCCUCAGGUGGCAGAUUCUGAUGGACAUUUGAGUAUUUCCCCCAAGGCAUUCCUGCCGAGCCCCUUGUCCAUUCCUCUGGGCUGGAGGACAGAGAUUUGUGCCGCAUCUGACCUGCCCUGUGCCCCCUAUGCUAGCCAGCUGGCAUCAGCUGCAGUGGGAGACACUGCCCCAUUGCCAGUGUUCCAGUCAGAUUCGUCUGUCAGCCCAAAUGGCUUCUGUAUGUGCAAUGGGGAGCACCAAACGUUUGCCCUCUCCCCCAGGCAGCAGAAUGUAUUCAUCUGUCCCUGCUAAAUCAAUCCCACCAAUCACCAAAAGGAAGACUUGCAACAGACACAUCCCAAAAUGAAGUGCUGGUGCCAUGGUUAAAAUAAAGGAGGUGAAAGUUGGAAGGAGUGGAAGCUGUCUUUCCAAAGCUGAGUUUCUCAGUUGGUAGAGCAUGAGACUAAAUCUGAGGGCUGUGGGUUUGAGCCCCACAUUGGGCAAAAGAUUCCUGCAUUGCAGGGGGCUGGACUAGAUGAUCCUUGUGGUCCCUUCCAACUCUAUGAUUCAAGUUAUGACCUUAAUCCUAAUAUAGCCAGGAUAGCCAACUAGCACGGCCAAUGGUAAGGGCAUCACUCUGGCUAAUCCUACACUGUUCACCUAGAACGACCUAUGAAAGGACUUGACUUUAAUCCAAAAUGAGCUGUGUUUGACUUGUAGGCAGGGUUGAAAGAGCGUCAACUUGUUUGCAGAAUACCAGAAGGAGGAAAAGAAUUUUUCUGAUCAGACCUGAUUUUUGAGUGCAAAACUUGAGCACAACUGAAGGAAAAAAAGGUGGGGUUCCCAAAUGCUACGGGACAUUUAACUUACACAUCUGAAACUCAUGUCUGAAUAAUUUCCCCCUAAUAGGUGAUUGGCACUUGUGAUGAUGAAAGCCUCCAAGCGGCUCCCAUGAAAGAAAAAUAUUGUUGCACAACUGAGAUCACCCAGAGAUCGCAAAAGAAGCGGAAAAGGGGACACGAUUCAUUGACAAAGGGUACAAACAGGGGGUUCAGAAUCAUGUAUUGUGAGAUACAGUCAUACCUCGGGUUACAGACGCUUCAGGUUGCGUUUUUUCGGGUUACGGACCACCAAAACUCAGAAGUACCAGAACAGGUUACUUCCGGGUUUAGGCAGUUGCGCAUGCGCAGAAGCACUAAAUCACGCUUUGCGCAUGCGCAGAAGCACCGAAGCGCAACCUCGCAUGCGCAGAUGCGCAGAUGCGGGUUGCGAACGCUGCGGGUUGCGAACGUGCAUCCCGCAUGGAUCACGUUUGCAACCCGAGCGUCCACUGUAUACUAUUUUUCAUGUCUUACAUAACACUGCACCUGUUUACUUAGGCCACAUUCACAUUUAAAUUGCCUAUGUUGCCACUUGUUACUUUGUUCGGAGACGCCUAUCCCCCUCACAGAGCUAUGAUUUCCAGAGUAGUUUAGCAGUCCAUCCCUCUUCACAGAGCUAUCUCUGAGAAUUGUAGCUCUGAGGGGUGAAUAGAGGCUUCCUAAGAACUUUCAGCGCCUUUAACAGCUCCCAGAAUUCUUGGGGGGAAGGCAGUUUAAAAUGGCACCAUUGCGCUUCAAAUGGAUGUGGCCCUUGUCCACUGAACUUUGUUUGUUCUGGUGGCUCAUUUGAGAAAAGAGCUAACUUUUCCUAUGCACAGGCCAGGCACUCUCUUCUGCUCUCUGAAUUCCAGGGUACGCAAAUGUUUGUCCACAGCGAUACAGUCCGGUGUGAUAAGGAACGCAAGCAGGGAGGACUCCAGAGUCUCAGGGGCCAGGCUGGCUUUCUGGCAAAGGGUUAGCCCAAGCCAACCUGGGAGGGAGAAGAGAGUAGGAGAAAGGCUUUGCAACACGUAAAUUGAGUAGGUGCACUAGGUACACAGUUCAGUGUUUGCUUAGCCUUUCCGGAGAAAUGUUAUUGACUUGCAGGGAAUGCAUUUUUCACAAACGGUGUUUAUUAUUAAGCCCCAUUCCCUGUAGAGGGGGAAACCUCUUAACAAUGGAAUGUGUUGUACUGGCAUUUCCUGCAGGUGACAAAGUAGGAAAUGGAUAAAGGUUGGGCACUUGAAAAAGGGCGGAGGGGACAACCAACAACCCUCCCUUCCUCUUCACAGUUCAAAUACUUUUCUCCAUCCCCAAAGCGCUACCCCUGGCUCUGUUUGUGCAGUCAAAAAGUGUGGGCUUGGCUGUGUGUGUAUGAGUGUGAGUUAGAGAGAGCAAUGUUGACCGAGUAUGUGAGAGAUAUUGUUGUCAGCAAGGCAGGAGGGCUUGUUUGACAAGCUUCCGUUCCUAUCACAUUGCCUUUCUGACAGGUCUGAUGAACCUGGACACAUAAUGUUGACAGCUCCUUUUUCUCGUUCUGUUAAAAGGCUCGGCCCUUCCCUGCAAAGCGCUGAGCUCAGAAGGGGUUAAAAUUGCAAAGGGCAAGACAAAGGUAGGCAGUGGCAGCAGGGGUGGGGUGGACACUGGUAUUUUCAAAUACCAGCGCUUGCAAAUUUAAUCCAGGCCUGCAAGCAGCUGCCCAUCUGCCUUUACAUUACCGCUCUCAAAGGUAAUAGGGGAACACGGGUGGCGCUGUGGUCUAAACCACUGAGCCUCUUGGGCUUGCCAAUCGUAAGGUCAGCAGUUCGAAUCUGCACAACAGUGUGGGCUCCCACUGCUCUGUCCCAGCUUCUGCCAACCUAGCAGUUCGAAAGCAUACCAUUGCAAGUAGAUAAAUAGGUACCACUGCGAUGGGAAGGUAAACAGUGUUCCUGUGCGCUCUGGUUUCCGUCGCAGUGUUCCAUUGUACCAGAAGUGGUUUAGUCCUGCUGGCCACAUGACCCAGAAAGCUGUCUGUAGACAAACGCCGGCUCCCUCGGCCUGCAAGCAAGAUGAGCGCUGCACCCCAUAGUCACCUUUGGCUGGACUUAACCGUCCAGGGGUCCUUUACCUUUUUUUUUUUUACUGUUCUCAAUACAGCAGGUUCCUGAAAUGCUGAAUCCAGUGUGUAUGACCAGGAUUAGGAUUUAGGACAGAAUUCUGCCCCAGCUUUUGCAGAACCUGCAUCAGUGGCAAGGAUAGCCCUUUGUGUUUAUUUUUUUCCAACCAGGAAGAAAGAACACUGAAAUUAUGGCGACAGGGAAGGGUGGGAUGGAACCCAAGUCCAGCACCAACAAUCAGUCAGGUUGGGCACCGGCCAAGGACGCAGGGGCUUGGAAGGGCGCCCAACCUAGCUGUGUCACCAUUCAUCACUCUCAUUGUCUUGUUUUGUUUUGUUUUGUUUUGUUGAGGGAUAGUGGCUCAUCUUUGGCACUGUGCCAAAAGUGCCAUGAAAUCUGGCCCUCAUGCAACCAAGUCAUAGACAGGGAGCUGCUCAUUUGUGUGUCUCUUAACAUGGGAACUGGGCGAAAUGUUUUCAGGAAACCCGAUCUUUAGACUCCGCAAGCUGCUUCAACCAAUACCUCUUCCCAAGGAUUGGGAAUGGUAGCUGUCUAAGGGAAUGGGGGUCACCUAACAUCUCCCAGCACCCUUAACGAACUACAGUUCCCAGGAUUCUUUGGGGGAAGUCAGUGACUCUUUAAAGUGGUACAAUGCUGUUUUAAGUGUAGGUGGUGAGUGGGGCCUAAGUUGGAUUUCACACUUGGUGAUCUAUUGCAAUCGCUCUCCUGAUCUACCUUCGGCCCAUCUCUUCUAUAUGAGGUGCCAGAGACUGAAACAAAACUUGCACAGUUUGUUAUCCCAGAAUGCAUUGCAAACCUGCUAACGCCUUUGUCUGUUUUGCUCUUCGCAGCCUUUAAGAAGCCUGUUCAAGGCAGGCGUAAUGGCAAAGCAGCCCAGAACCUAGCUGACGUGCAAGAAGAUCUAAAAGAAACAGCAAACCGCAGCCCUGCUUCCAGCCGCAAUGAAGACGAAGAGACAUAGCCCAAAUGUGCUUUCUUACUGGGGCAGAUCCUACCACUUGAACCAGUGUCAGAUAUUUCUGCUGUGAUAUGAAGCCCUUCAGUGGCCAGUUAUUCUCACUGACAUCAACCAGGACAGCUCAAGCCUGCUCAGGCACCAUUGCUUCACAUCCCUGACCGGCAAGUGAAUUCAUGUGGACUAGUAACUUACUGACAGUCAAGGCACUCUGGAGAGCUUUACAAAAUUCUUUGGUUAAUUCUCUCGAGAUUUUGGCAGUGAGGUGGUUUGUUCUGCUUGGCUAUUCUGUGGUUCCUUUUGUCUAGGUUCCACCAGUUCUCUGGCAUUCAACCAGAUUGGCCCUGCCAUACCUUCACUGUGAUGCAUUAAGUGUUGCAUCAAGAGACAACUGCAAUGUAAGGACAGAGAGACCAUGUUCUGCAUGCAGGGGGUCCCAAAUUCAGUCCCUUGCAAUACCAGUUAGAAUGAUCAGGUCCCGGGGAAUGCCCCUGCCUGAUAUCUUGGAGGGCUGCUGCAAACCAGAGACGACAACAGUGAGCUACAGCAGACCUGUCAGCUUUCAGUGACUUGCAAAACAUGGUAUACUGUUGCUUCUGCGGCCAAUACAACACAUCCCUAUGGGACCGUUGUCUUUCCUUCCUUUUAUAAAAUCAGCAACACUGCAGGGGCCUGGACAUCCAAUGUCCUGCAGGGUGUGGAUCCACAAGGGGAGGGCUGUAGAUCAGUGCCAGAGCAACUACUCUGAAUCCAAAAGCUUCCAGGUUCAAUUUCCAGCAUCUCCAGGUGAGACUGGGAAGACCUUUGCCUGAAAUACUAGACACUUGCUGCAAUGCAGUGUAGACAAUGCUAAACUGGAUGGACCAGUGUUUUGACUUCCUAGUCAUACCCACCAACCGUAUGUAUUUUCCCAGGACAUUCCUGGAAUUAUAGAAGCCAUCCCAGCUUCUGAUUAAAUCCCGGAAUGUCCCGGGGAUAAGCUGGCGCUUGCAGCCAGCGUUGGCGCUUGUAGCGGUGUUGCUGACCCGCAUAGCAGCCCGACACCAAAAGACACGCAUCCCGAUUUUCAUCAGGGGGAUGUUGGAGGGUAGGCUAGGUAUCUGUCAGGCAUCAUUGGUGCGCUGCAAAUCCCACCAAAAGCACUGGGGAAACAGCGGCAGAAUAAGGUCGUCCUGCCAGAUGCAAGCUAAGAAUAAAUGGGUCGAACUUUUGACAGCAGCUUUCCUUCGUCAAAAGGGUGUAUUGGGCCAAGAUGCAUAGCUGUCAACUUACAGAUUUGAAAAUAAGGGACCAGCAGCCUCGAAAAUAAGGGAUCAGCAGCCAAAAUAAGGGAUCAACAAUUACUUUGAUAAAAUACAUAUUUUGUUGCGUGCAAAUGGCUUUAGAUACCUAUUAGGUCCAUAAAUUACCAUAUAGCAUAUAUUCAACACAAAAAACAGCAACAAUUUGUUGUUGACAAAGGACAGCUGGAAUAGAAAGGGCCCCAUUACCUUCAGUAGCUUAUUUAAGGGACAUCAUCAAUAAGGGACAGCAGCGGGACAUGGCACUGGGAUAAGGGACUGUCCCGCCAAAUAAGGGACGCUUGACAGCUAUGCCAAGAUGGCGAAAGCAUGGUUUGACGACUCCUGGAGAACUUCCCAAAGUGCAUCUUAAGUGCUUAUUUCAGAUAUUGUUGCACCUGUGAUCCCCAUACACACACAUCGGAAGAUUCAGCAAGGAGAAGGGCCCUAGCUAUUGCACAUGGCUGAUGGGGAAGUCUGUGUUGGGAAUCAAGCCUUUAUCAGGAGAAACUGGCCACUCUCCAGGCACCCGGCUUGAUCUCCUGUUGACCUCCCUGUCUGCAUUCCCCAGCAGGAUCCAGGCAGAGGUCGCGAUAGGCGAUCCUUCUCAGAGUGAGAAGAACACACCCCCUCUUUCCUGCCCCCCCGGGCAGGGGAGAGAGAUAGACAGAAACGUAUUUACAUUCCUUUAUUUCUGUCUUUGCAGCGUUACAAAAAUCAUGACUGCUCUCUUCAAACUCCUGCAGUCGAGAGACAAACUCCUCCUGUACUUCCUGUACAGCUCAUAUUACACUCUGAGCUAAUUCCAGUGCCCUCUGCAAGGUGAAUUGACUGUCCCUCUGUUUCCCACAGAACAGUCCCAACGUUCCCAUUAUGUUUUGUUUUCAAGCUACCAGCAGCUCGCGGCUGCAUUGAUUCAAUAUCGUAACAGUCUGAAGGACCAGCGAUAAGAAACAAUAUCUGCUUAGCCACAUCCUCAUGGUUGCCAGUCCGAAGUAGUCUGAGGGCCAGAAAUGGCCUAGUGAUCUUCUUGGUAGCUUUUGAUCUACAUCAGUUUUGCAGGUGGUGGGUCCUGGUGACAAGGAAGCAAUCACACCUUUGAAGUUAAUAGGGGGAAAGGUAAAGGUAAAGGGACCCCUGACCAUUAGGUCCAGUCGUGACCGACUCUGGGGUUGCGGCGCUCAUCUCGCUCUAUAGGCCGAGGGAGCCGGUGUUUGUCCGCAGACAGCUUCCAGGUCAUGUGGCCAGCAUGACUAAGCUGCUUCUAGCGAACCAGAGCAGCACACGGAAAUGCCGUUUACCUUCCCACCGGAGCGGCACCUAUUUAUCUACUUGCACUUUGACGUGCUUUUGAACUGCUAGGUUGGCAGAAGCAGGGACCGAGCAACGGGAGCUCAUCCCAUCGCAGGGAUUCGAGGGGAAAGGAGCCACACACUAAACAAAAACUUCUGGAUCUUGAUACGCACAGGGUACAAAAAAAACCUACGUAUCGCCAAGUACCCAGUUUGAUUGUACAUAAAUGCUGCAUUGAUUAAACCACUGCAUAGUUUACCCUAAAAUAAGUGAUCUUAUUUUAAGUGAACUCUGUGUUAGGGAUUUGGGGGGGG